UCUCACACACUCACUCUUUUGCUCUCGCUCACAUGCAGACCGAGGGAGAGGAGGGGAUGAACGAGGUGCACACAUGUGAGGAUCUCCUCAACUGCCAGAGCAAGGCAGGACUGGCUACGAGAGAAGACGAAGAGGAGGAGGAGGAAGAGGAGGUCUAGAGGAAUACUGCAGUGGCCAUUCAGCUUCCUUUUCUUCAGAGUUCUCACUCUCCAUCUCUCUUUGCUUCACUGCUUUCAUCCCCCCCUUCCCACCGCUCUGUCUUCUUCAUCCACUCUUUCCUACUGCUAGCUACACCAUGAAGCCGCCUGCUGCUUGUUGCUAAGGGGGCAGCCAACCAGGGGGAGCAGAGUGAACCAGGCGUUAUUUUUGUGUUUUCAAGGCCUUACUGAAAAUGGCAGAGGGGUCCAAAGAUCAGGGAGGAACUGGUACCGCAGAACCAGAGGAAGACUCCCCCAAUAUGAUUGUCUACAGAAAGAUGGAAGACAUUGUUACACGAAUACAAGAUGAGAAAGCAGGAGGAGUUGCCAUCCGGACCGUUAAAAGCUUCCUCUCAAAGAUCCCGAGUGUGGUAUCAGGGGCAGACAUUAUUCAGUGGCUGAUGAAAAACCUCUCCAUUGAGGAUCCAGCUGAAGCCAUCCACCUCGGUAGUCUAAUAGCAGCCCAUGGCUACAUCUUUCCCAUCUCUGACCACGUCCUGACCUUAAAGGAUGACGGAACCCACUACCGCUUUCAGUCUCCAUACUUCUGGCCUUCAAACUGCUGGGAACCCGAGAACACAGACUAUGCCAUUUACCUGUGCAAACGCACCAUGCAGAAUAAAGCCAGACUCGAGCUUGCAGACUACGAAGCAGAGAACCUCGCUCGGCUGCAGAGGGCUUUCGCCAGAAAGUGGGAAUUCAUCUUCAUGCAAGCUGAGGCUCAAGUCAAGAUCGACAGAAAGAAGGACAAGGCAGAGAGGAAGAUCCUUGACAGCCAGGAGAGGGCGUUCUGGGAUGUUCAUCGACCGGUGCCAGGCUGCGUCAAUACCACGGAGAUGGACAUCCGCAAGUGUCGAAGAGAGAAGAACCCACACAGGGUGAAAAAGUCGGUCUAUGGAGUACCAGAUGAUGGCCAGAGCCAACCAAGUCCAAUCCACAUCAGUUCCCAGCCGAGCAGGAAGCCCACCAAAGAGGAUGUCCAGAAGGAGAUAACCUUUUUGAACAUCCAGCUUGACAGACACUGUAUGAAGGUCUCCAAAGUGGCCGACAGCCUGAUGACCUACACAGAGCAGUUCAUGGAAUAUGACCCCUUUGUAUCAGGCGUGGAGCCCUCGAAUCCAUGGAUUAGUGACGACGCCACCUUCUGGGACAUGGAGGCAAGCCGUGAGCCCAGUCAGCAACGGGUAAAGAAGUGGGGCUUCUCCCUGGAGGAGGCGCUGAAGGAUCCAGUGGGACGGGACCAGUUCCUGAAGUUCCUGGAGUCAGAGUUCAGCUCAGAGAACCUUCGGUUCUGGUUAGCGGUGCAAGAUCUGAAGCGACGGCCACUCCAGGAGGUUUCCACCAGGGCCCAAGAGAUCUGGCAGGAGUUUUUGGCCGAGGGAGCGCCAAGCUCCAUCAACCUGGACUCUCACAGCUACGAGCGGACCAGCCAGAACCUCAAAGACCCCGGGCGAUACAGCUAUGAAGACGCUCAGGAGCACAUAUUCAAGCUCAUGAAAAGUGACAGCUAUGCACGCUUUUUGCGAUCCAACAUCUACCAAGAUCUCCUGUCAGCCAGAAAAAAGCAGCCAGCAGACACUGAACAAGGUCGUCGCACCUCCUUGGAGAAGUUCACCCGCAGCGUGGGGAAGUCUUUGACGGGAAAGCGUCUGACAGGCCUUAUGCAGUCAUCCUGACACCGCCUGUCCUGGAGAGCCACGACCAGACCCUGCAGGUGGGCCGGCAGCCACACAGGGGCCAGGGCAGGGGAGCAAACAGCGGAGCCGGGGUGCACAGGGCUGCUGCGGAGGCUCUCGGACACUGCUUCGAGGUCUGCUGCUGUUCUGCUGCUGCAGUGCUGGGUCUACUGGGCCGAACCACCCAAACAGAACCCCUGCGGAAGAGACGAUGCCUACAAGACGAUCCUCAGCUAACGAAUCACACGGCAUGCGGUGUAAAAGAAUAAGCACAUUCAAACUAAUACUGCUCUUUCUUUGUCAUCUGGAGGGCAAACGGUUGUCUGGCUUGACUUGGCUUAUUAAUUUUAUUGUUUUCAUAUUCUUUUAUUUGUGUUUUCCACAACACUUUGAGGUCAUAAGUGUUAAAAGGAGGUGUGCAUCUGUUCUCACAAGGCAGUCAGCAAUAAAAACAAACAAAUCUGAAACAUUAAAGAAAAGUCCACUCAGCUUCUUUUGAUAUCUGCAAAACAUCUAUCAUAAUGUCUUUAUUGAAGUAAGUAAGAAAAGUCUGGUGAUUAAUAAGAGUACAGAUCCCCCUUCAUAUAUAAAGCAGAUUCUUCAAUCUUCAUUACAUUCCAAAAUCUGACAUAAGGGCUUAAUGUAGCAACCAAAAGGCACUGAUGCAUGUUUAAUCCCGAUGUCCUUGUUGAGUCACGUUUUAGCAGCACCGCUUUGUAAUGAGACCUGUGCCUAUAAGGUGGGUUUGGUUGACUGCUCGUAAACUUAACCAUCUCCAAAAGUCUGUUUGAAUACCUUAGAGGCCUAAAAGCGUGAUUCACUAGUACAGUUAAGUGAAACAUUGUGAUUUGAGCUAUUAGUGUUGACUCGGUUUGUAUGCCAUGCUGCGAGGGUCAGUGUUUUAGAAAAGUUUUCAGUGCCAUGGGAGCUUCCAUCUAGUGGUGUAUAAACCAGAGGACUCCACUGUGCUGUGAAUACAUCAUGUUAAAAGCUGAUACAGGUGCAUUUAAAUAAGUUUGAACAUAAUGAAAAAUUAAAUAUAUCUAAGUAAUUCAGUCCAACCUAACUGGAGAAUGAGGCAGAAUACAUGAAGCAUGGGACAUCAUAGCCCUUGCAUGUCCUAAUCAUGCUUUUAGGCAAAUAACAUGUGACCAAAGAACCAUAAUACCACCACUGUCACAGUGAUUCUCUAGUUUGAACAUUUCUGAAACAGGCUAACUGUAGCCGGUGCUCUUUGUAAGCCUGUUUGUCUCAUCAGUGUUAGUCGAGGCUGCCUCUUGCCCAUAGAGCACUGACUGCAAGUUGUCCUGUGCUCUUCCUGUGAGCUUCCUGUUUCAGAAAUUAGCAUCAAGCUAAAGCACUCGCAGCAAAAGUCAGCCAAUGGUGUGAUAUCUUAUGUUACAUGUGUGGUACCGAGUGACAGACUGGCUGGAAACUUGUUUGUAGAUUCAUUACACACAGAUAUUCAUUUUAAGUAUUUAUUUUUAUUAAUUUGAUUGGUUAUUCUCGAUCGCCAGUGAAAUCCCAAAUUUCACUUUCUCUCAAAUUAAAUAUUUGAACAGUAUUUUUAGAACAAAUUUUUGAAAAUGGUUCUUAUAACACAGUAUCUGCUUCCAUUACUUAGUCUGGGGUACUUUAGCAUAAAUUACUCAAUCAAUGAAGCAAGCAUGGAAGUAAUCAGCCGCUGGAGUUAGGUACCUCAGCUUGUUUUGAUAGCAGCCUUUAUCUUGUCUGUAUUGUUGGCUGUAGUGUCUCUCAUCUUCAUCUUGAUAAUAGAGAAGACGAUUCUGUAUUAAAUUUAAGUUAGUCCUGUUGGCUGAGAUAUAAAACAACAUCUCCUUAAAACUAGUCAGAAAAUGGAAACAUUAAAAAUGUCCUUGCGGACACAUUCACUUAUUGAAGUGGGCGAACAACAGGACAUGACAUAGCUCCCCAAGUCCUCACUGGCUGUGGAAACUUCACUAUUGUGAACUUUUCAACUUGGAUUGUGUGACUUCACUCUAAAUUUACUUUAACCAUGAAGGAGGACUUUGGCUUCCUGAGCCCAGAUUUUCAUCCUUAGCUCAGAUAAGACACUUCUGAAAUUGCCUGUGGUUGACAACUGGCUUGAAAGUUGCGGCUUAUGUCCUGGGUUCAUCUGUGUGUGAUGGCUCUCAAAACACAAACUUCGUCUUAAGAAUCUUCUCCAAAUCCUUGAAUCGGCAUUGCUUCAUUGUUCCAGUUAUCACUGUUCUCAAUCAAAUAUUUUCCUUCCACUUAACUUUCUAUCAAUGGUAUUUAACUCCACACUUUCCUCAUUGUGCACGCUAUCAAUAACUGCCUAAUGGAUAAUAAUCAUGUCAGCAUUCUUCUCUAUGACUGAGUGGGCAAUAAAAUAACAUUUCAGUCUUUUUUUUUAAAUCCUCUUUUGAACUUUUUGAACUUGGUUUUAUGAUAACUCGUAAUCUUAACAGAAACAAAGAUCUGUGUGUAAUGAAUCUAUUCUGAUUAUAUUCUAAUUAUAUUCCUUGAUGACUUGCUGCCCUGUGAGGGACAUCUUCUGUUUCUUUGCACGGAUAUAUUUAUUAUUCUCUGAAACAACUGCCCAUUUUUAUUUCUCUCUGUCUGAUAACUGUUGAGUGUUUGUCAUGUGGAAAAUGGUGCAUGUUGGAGCACGAUGAAGUGCAGGGGACUGAGCCGGAGCAGGACUCACUAAUGAAUGGACAUCUGAAAUCUGAAAUGGACUGAAGAGGAAUUGAGGCCCCUUUGCUCCAUUGUGGCUGCUGCCUUCUUCUACACACAAGAAGUGCUGGGACACAGCUCCCCCCAGAGGCCACUGACUGCAACAGUGAAAAACUAGAAGGCGCCGUUGACUAAGUCUCAUCGGUUAUUUUUUAGUAGUCAUUGCAAUGCACUGUACAAGUCAUGACGCUAAUUAUUCCUAUUAACCUAACCCAGUAACCUCCUAAAUGUAAGGUAGAGAGAUGCUUGAGUCGAGUCUAUGUACCAAAUGUUAUCCUCAGCACAAACAUGGUGACACUGCGUGCCAAGUGCAUUGUAAAUUUAAACUGGUUACAUUUCAUUAUUGGAAAGCACACUUUAGUAUGAUGCGAGCACAUUACUAUGCAUGUUACAUAUUCAGGGCAUUUUUGUGCUUUUAGUUUCUCGAUCAGCAAGACAACUACUGGCACUCUAAAACACUCGAAGCACUUGUUAUCUGUUCAUGGGUACCAAAUAAAAUCUCUGGACCUGAAAACCUC